AACGUCAACGUGUGAAUGGUACACACUGAAAACACAGCUGGAGUUAAAACAAGAAAAAAAACCAAUUAUCGGACUAAAUACUUGUUUAUUUCUAAAAAUCUCAAAAUGCUUAAAAAUAUGUGCCGAGUGUGUGGCAGAUACGCAGCGUACAAGAGAUCCAUACGCAUCUUUGAUAACCCAAAUAUACUUUGGAAGCUGCAAGUUCUCACAGGCAUCAUUUUAGAAAAUGUGGAAUGUUUACCGGACCUUAUAUGUAUUUGCUGUCAAACGGAGUUACGUGAAGCAAUCCGAUUUCGUGACCGAGUCUUUGGAGCACAACAUGAGCUGCUGGCUGGAUUAACAGAGGAGCAGUUGGAACAAAUACCCGCGGAAUACAAAGAAGCCAUAUUGGAGUUCAGCCAAAGAGAAACAAAUAAUGAUGAUUCGGAUGAUGAUUCCGUAUCUAAGAUUAUUGAUAUGCAAGGGGAGCAAGUAGACGUCAUCACUGAAGCGGAUCACAAAGAGGAGGAAACAUUUGAAGAAAACGAGCAUUUAAAACAGGAUGAUUUAAUGGAGUACAACAUUGUCAUAGACGAUGAACUAGUCAAGGAGGAGAUAGCAGCAGCAUCAACAGUAGAAGAUGAUCAACACGUGGAAAUAAUAGAGGAGGAACAACCAUUUACAAUUGUUGUUCAAGAAGAGGGCAGAGAUCAGGAAAAUGUGAAUUAUAUUUUGCCCGAUAGAGAAUCGGACGAGGAUUGUGCGAUGCUAGACCGAGUGCUAAGCGACGAGAUUGCAGACACACAGCAUGUAAAUGCAGUUAAGAAAAAACCAGGACGAAAGCGUGUCGGCAGCCUGAUCUUCAUUUGCGACGAGUGUGGCAAUCAUAUAACUGGACGAAUGGCCUUCGAUCUGCAUUGCCGGCGACAUCGUGGAGACAAGCAAUUUGAAUGCGACAUUUGUCGCGAUCGCUUUUGUACCAACUCGGAGCUGAAGCGCCACAUGCGAAGACAUACGGGAGAGCGUCCCUUUGCCUGCCAGUAUUGCGAGCGUUGUUUCACAGAUUAUAGCACCAGAGUCAAGCACGAGCGCACGCACACCAAUGAGCGACCGUAUGGAUGCCAAAGUUGUGGCAAGGCCUUCACCACCGCCUAUAUUCUCAAGAACCACAUGCUAAUACAUUCCGGCGAGCGAGCCUUUAGCUGCGAGUUGUGCAACAAAACAUUUAUUCGCCAAACGCAUCUGGUUACGCAUUAUAGGUCCAGCGCCCAUAAGCGAAACAUGGAGCGUCAGCAGCAGGAAUUUAAAAGUUGAUUACAUUGUGGAUAGGGCAUAGAAUCUGUUGUAUUAAAUAUGGACUUUUUGCGGUAUUUCGUUUAGCUGUUGUGAAUUGCAUCUAAGAUAUAAAGCUAGCAAACCAGAAUAUGUAUUUUUUGUUUGUGUCUUGUAGCUGUAGCUACUCUCGACUCUCAUUUUAUAAGUAUUUUUAAUUUUUUAAAUGUUUGUCGAUUGCGUGUAUCUAAUUUUUGUGGAAUUUAGCCAUAAUUCCCAAAAAAAAAAGUCAAAGAAUAGUCCAGUGAUAGUAUAUGAUAUCAAGACAACGUGUAAUAUAAAUUAACUUUCUUCUUGUGUCAUAGAACCGAUAUCUGAACAUACAUAUAUAUAGAUGCCUCCUAAAAACACUUUAUUUAUUUAUUCUUAGGCAUCGAAUUGUGUCUGACACCAAAAUACUUAGACUAAAAAUUGCACAAUAAUGUUGUUGUUCUUAAGUUACGUCAACAGUAGCUAUUAAUUGAACCUGUGGAUCUUCGUUAGAAUCAUAAAGUGAGACAAUAUCAGCUGUCGUUUGUAGUUCAUUCGUCUUAAACGGCUGCAGUUGCUCAGCACUGGAUUUCUCCAAAUUAUGCUUGUGGGUAUUCGAGCGAUAAUGUGUUUUUAAGUGCGUUGGACGCGAGAAUGCGCGAUCGCACAAAUCGCAUCUGUAAAACGGACAAUAGCUUUAAAGUAAUCUUUAUAUGAGAUAUAGUUAUUGUACAUGCCUAAACAUCCGUUCUCCAGUAUGAACCAGCAUAUGGUUUUUGAGUAUGUAGGAGUUGGUGAAAGUCUUGCCACAUUGGGCACAUGCAAAUGGCCGCUCAUUGGUAUGGGUUCGUUCGUGACGCAGUCGACCACUAUAGUUGACGUAGGUGCGUUCGCAGUAACGACAGGGAAAGUUGCGAUCCCCCGUGUGCAUCACUAGAUGACCUUUAAGCUCGCCGGCUGAGAAAAAACGUGCAGGACACUGCCUAAAAGAUGAACAAUAUUAAUAAAUAGUAAAGCCUUUUAUUCAAUACUUCAGCUUACUCGCAUUGAAAGGGUCGAAUGCCGCUGUGUUUGCGCAGAUGGCGAUCAAAGGCAGAUUUUCCCGUCACGUUGUUUCCACACUGAUCACAGAAGAAAACUGGCAGCUUUUGCUUAGUGCGGGGCUGCUUUAAGAUUGUCGCUUUCAUUAGACGUGAGCGUGAUCGUAAUUUUCCCUUUGUGGGUGGCACAUAGAGCUCCUCCUCCUCCGACACAGUAAGGUCAAGUCUGUUAUCAUUUUCGGUCUGGUUUGGGGGCUCCAAAUGAUCGAUGUCGUCGUCAAUUGCAUUACAUUUUGGUUGCUCUACUUUAAUAAGCACUUCAACAGGACUUAAUGGCGCUUCAUCUUCCACAUAUUGCAUCCGACUUCUCGUGCUGCGGCGCAUACAAAUAACCCUUGUGGAUGCUCCAGACUCGGAUUCCAUUAACUUUGUGGGCUUCCAUCGUUUGUGGUUAAGCAAGCAGCGGCGACGAAACUCUAUGGCACAGUGCAAAUCCUCUAAGCAGCUAUUGCAAAUCACAUCGGGCAAGUCGGGUUUGGACUCCAG